GUGUCCAGACAAGGCUGCCAGCUCAGCCCCACAGCACAAGAUGGGCGCCAGCCCAACCCCACAGCACAGGAUGGCCGCCAACCCAGCCCCACAACCCAAGAUGGCCACCAGCCCAGCCCCACAGCCCAAGAUGGCCGCCAACCUAGCGUCACAGCCCAAGAUGGCCGCCAGCCCAGCACCACAGCACAAGAUGGCCGACUCAACGCCACCGACUCCCCAUCGUAGAGGGCGGAGGAGGAGACAGGCAGCUGCUGUUCCCGAGGCGGUGCCCGAGGCUGUUCCCGAGGCGGUGCCCGAGGCUGUUCCCGAGGCGGUGCCCGAUGCAGUUCCCGAGGCGGUGCCCGAUGCAGUUCCCGAGGCGGUGCCCGAUGCAGUUCCCGAGGCGGUGCCCGAUGCAGUUCCCGAGGCGGUGCCCGAUGCAGUUCCCGAGGCGGUGCCCGAUGCUGUUUCCGAGGCGGUGCCCGAUGCAGUUCCCGAGGCGGAGCCCGAUGCAGUUCCCGAGGCGGUGCUCGAUGCAGUUCCCGAGGCGGUGCUCGAUGCAGUUCCCGAGGCGGUGCUCGAUGCAGUUUCCGAGGCGGUGCUCGAUGCAGUUCCCGAGGCGGUGCCCGAUGCAGUUCCCGAGGCGGUGCCCGAUGCAGUUCCCGAGGCGGUGCCCGAUGCUGUUCCCGAGGCGGAGCCCGAUGCUGUUCCCGAGGCGGAGCCCGAUGCAGUUCCCGAGGCGGUGCCCGAUGCUGUUCCCGAGGCCGAGGCCGAGGCAGUUCCCGAGGCGGAGCCCGAUGCAGUUCCCGAGGCGGAGCCCGAUGCAGUUCCCGAGGCGAAGCCCGAUGCAGUUCCCGAUGCUGUUUCCGAGGCGGUGCCCGAUGCAGUUCCCGAGGCGGUGCCCGAUGCUGUUUCCGAGGCGGUGCCCGAUGCAGUUCCCGAGGCGGUGCCCGAUGCAGUUCCCGAGGCGGUGCCCGAUGCAGUUCCCGAGGCGGUGCCCGAUGCAGUUCCCGAGGCGGUGCCCGAUGCUGUUUCCGAGGCGGUGCCCGAUGCAGUUCCCGAGGCGGUGCUCGAUGCAGUUCCCGAGGCGGUGCUCGAUGCAGUUCCCGAGGCGGAGCCCGAUGCAGUUCCCGAGGCGGAGCCCGAUGCUGUUCCCGAGGCGGAGCCCGAUGCAGUUCCCGAGGCGGAGCCCGAUGCAGUUCCCGAGGCGGUGCCCGAUGCUGUUCCCGAGGCCGAGGCCGAGGCAGUUCCCGAGGCGGAGCCCGAUGCAGUUCCCGAGGCGAAGCCCGAUGCAGUUCCCGAGGCGAAGCCCGAUGCAGUUCCCGAUGCUGUUUCCGAGGCGGUGCCCGAUGCAGUUCCCGAGGCGGAGCCCGAUGCAGUUCCCGAGGCGGUGCCCGAUGCAGUUCCCGAGGCGGUGCCCGAUACUGUUCCCGAGGCGGUGCCCGAUGCAGUUCCCGAGGCGGUGCCCGAUGCAGUUCCCGAGGCGAAGCCUGAUGCAGUUCCCGAUGCAGUUCCCGAGGCGGAGCCCGAUGCAGUUCCCGAGGCGGUGCUCGAUGCAGUUCCCGAGGCGGUGCCCGAGGCGGAGCCCGAUGCAGUUCCCGAGGCGGAGCCCGAUGCAGUUCCCGAGGCGGUGCCCGAUGCAGUUCCCGAGGCGGUGCCCGAUGCAGUUCCCGAGGCGGAGCCCGAUGCAGUUCCCGAGGCGGAGCCCGAUGCAGUUCCCGAGGCGGUGCCCGAUGCAGUUCCCGAGGCGGUGCCCGAUGCAGUUCCCGAGGCGGUGCCCGAUGCAGUUCCCGAGGCGGUGCCCGAUGCAGUUCCCGAGGCGGAGCCCGAUGCUGUUCCCGAGGCGGAGCCCGAUGCUGUUCCCGAGGCGGAGCCCGAUGCUGUUCCCGAGGCGGAGCCCGAUGCUGUUCCCGAGGCGGAGCCCGAUGCUGUUCCCGAGGCGGAGCCCGAUGCUGUUCCCGAGGCGGAGCCCGAUGCUGUUCCCGAGGCGGUGCCCGAUGCAGUUCCCGAGGCGGUGUCCGUUACAGUUCCCGAGGCGGUGACCACAAGGCCGUGGUGGUCUUCGGCUCCGCCCUGGGAGACUCUGGCGGUGACCACGAGGACGUGGUGGUCAUCCGCUCCGCCCUGGGGGACUCUGGCGGUGACCACGAGGACGUGGUGGUCGUCCGCUCCACCCUGGGGGACUCUGGUGAUGACCAUGAGGACGUGGUGGUCUUCUGCUCCGACCUGGUGGACUCCGGCCUCGACCACAGAGACGUGGUGGUCUUCCGCUCCGCCCUGGAGGGCUCUGGCCUUGACCACACGGCUGUGGUGGUCAUCUGCUCCGUCCUAGUGGACGCCUCAACAUGUCCUUCAUGGACUUAUGUUUUGUGUUUUUUGAGUUCUGUUUCUGUCUGUUCUCUUUAGUUUAGUCUGGCCCUCCGUCCCUCCCCCUGUACCUCCUCCGGUCCUCCUCCCUCCUGAUCUCCCGGUUUUAUGUAUCAUUUCUGGUGUUUGUCCUCCAUGUGUUCCUUUUCUGGCCCUCCGUCCCUCCCCCUGAGCCUUCACCUGUCCGCCUCCCUCCUGGUCUCUGUGUCAUGUUUUGUCUUUAAGCGUCUGGUAGCCGCUCCGUAGAGGGGGGGUACUGUCACAGUGUCUGGGUUGUUGUUCCCCGGGGUUCCACUAGAUGUCCUCCUUCUCACGGUGCCUGUCCCAGAUCACUUCCUGUUCCCUUAUAUGGUCACCUUCCUCCUUGUUACCUGAUUGAUUGUUCACCCCACCUGUCUCCUGUUUCCCAAUUAUCCUUCUGUGUAUAAAUACCCAGUCUGUCUUAGUCUAUGUCACGGAGUCCUUGUCUGAUGUCAUUGUGUUUCAGGUCCAUCAGUCUUGCUUUGUCUUACCCUAUGUGUCUCAUUCUCUCGUUCCACCAGACUUCCUCUACCUUUCCGCUCUUCCGAGUUCCCCGUUUCAUCCGGUUCCCUUUUUGUUUGAUUUGUCUCUCAUGACUGUUUAUUUUGUAUUUACCCCUCUGUUUAAAUAAAACCCUUACCUGCAUUUGGAUCUACCCUCUCUUUGUGUUUUUCCCCAAUACCUAUCGU